AUUAAUUCCCUAUUUAUGUUGUACGUGUCUGUCUGGUCUCUAAUUCAGUCGCAGUGACAACAUAAAUCUGAAACAAUGGCCAAGGACAUGACUCUGCUGUGGGGCUCCGGCUCUCCUCCCUGCUGGAGGGUCAUGAUCGCUCUGGAGGAGAAGAACCUGCAGGGCUACAACCAAAAACUGCUUUCGUUUGAGAAAAUGGAGCACAAGUCCCAACAAGUGUUAGAUAUAAAUGCCAGGGGACAGCUUCCUUCUUUCCAACAUGGGGACGUCAUCGUGAAUGAAUCCUACGCAGCCUGUUUUUACCUGGAGAGUCAGUUUAAGUCUGAGGGAAACAAACUGAUCCCAGACAGCCCUGCAGAACAAGCAUUGAUGUACCAACGCAUGUUUGAGGGUCUCUCAUUCUACGAAAAACUCAAUGCAGUUCUCUACUAUGACUGGUAUGUCCCUGAAGGAGAGAGGCAUGACUCAGCGCUAAAGAGAAACAGGGAAGCUCUGAGCGCUGAACUCAAGCUCUGGGAGGGUUACCUGCAGAAGCUUGGCCCGACUUCUCACCUGGCAGGAACGUGCUUCUCUCUGGCCGAUGUGACCGUUUUUCCAACUGUUGCUACUCUUUUCAGAUUUGGGUUGCCUGCUGAGCGAUAUCCAAUACUGGCAGAGUAUUACGCUCUGUUGAAGGAGCGGCCCAGCAUCAAAGCCAGCUGGCCUCCUCACUGGCUGGAGAACCCCAAGGGACAAGACUCACUCCAAGACAUCUGAGACCCUCACACUCUUCAGUCACGUCUGCUUGUGAUGAUGUGGUUUCCAUAAAAAUGCUUUUGUCUAAUACAGUUUCAGCUCACAUUUAGUCAACACAGCUCUUUUGUUUUUCCGCUCUGGAAAGAAGGUGUUGAGGUGUUAGUGCUACAAGGGCAGAAAUGUGCUUAUGUAUUUAGUUUAAAGGUUUUUGUCAGUCAUGUUUCUGUCAAAAAUGUGAUUAAAGUCAGAGUAAAGCGUGUAUUAAAAUUUGCAUUUUACUCUUGCUGAAUUUCAAAUCGCAUGAAACCAAUAAACCCUCAUUUCCAGGUCAAGUCUAGAAUAGAUUUACAAUCUCAUACCUCAAUCAAAUAAGGUAGGUGCAGUCUUUGACAAUGUAACCCAGCACAAAGGUGAGUGAAAUGCGCUGUUAUCAUGACUUGGCAUAAAUGAGACUACAUUGUUUACAUAAAAUAUAAAUGAUGUUACUUGUUAUGUAGAGUGCAAAGCUUCUUUUAGACAUUCACAGCAGCUGCACUACUGUAUGUACGUCUACAUCACUUUAAUAAAAGACUGACUUGUGCA